CCCCUUCUCCGAGGGAGAGAAGGUCCUCGCGUACCACGGCCCUCGCAUCUACGAAGCCAAGGUUCAAAAAACUGAGUUACGGAAGGAUGAAUGGAAAUAUUUCGUCCAUUAUCUUGGUUGGAGCAAGAAUUGGGAUGAGUGGAUUGGGACUGAUCGCUUGAUGAAAUUUACUUCUGAAAAUAUCCGUAAGCAGCAGGAACUUGCAAAGAAACAGAAUGCUGACAAAAAUCCAAAGCCAGGGCGUUCCACACAAUAUAAGCCAAAAGGCUCUAAUGAUGCAAAAGCAGAUAAAGAAGAGCUUAAGAACUAUGUGGCAAAAGGCAAGAAGCGGAAGGCUCAAUCUGGUAUUGAGGAGGACACAAAAUCAGCAGAAAAACAUGCAAUGUUACAGUUUCCUUUGACUCUUAAGAAGCAGCUGGUUGAUGAUUGGGAGUUUGUAACUCAGCUGGGUAAGCUUGUGAAGCUCCCUCGUUCCCCAAAUGUUGAUGAUAUCCUAAAGAAAUACCUUGAUUACCGGACAAAGAAGGAUGGCAUGAUUGCUGAAUCAGUUGCGGAGAUACUAAAAGGGUUACGCUGCUACUUUGACAAAGCAUUGCCGGCUAUGCUUUUAUAUAAAAAAGAGAGGCAACAAUAUCAAGAAGAAAUUUGCGAUAAUGUCUCUCCUUCAACUGUGUAUGGUGCUGAACAUUUAUUGCGUCUUUUUGUCAAGUUGCCUGAAUUACUUUCUUAUGUCAACAUGGAAGAAGAAGCACUGGCAAAAUUGCAGCAGAAGCUAUUAGAUUUUCUCAAGUUCCUGCAGAAAAAUCAGAGUUCCUUUUUUCUUUCUACAUAUGAUGCUUCCAAAGGCAUAGAUGGCACAGAUACCAAAUAGAACUUAACCAGAAAGCAUUUGCUUGCUGUUAUGUACCAACCUGCACCAGAAUUGCCAAGUCUGAUUCCCACUUCUUGUUGUUGUAACAUUUGAUUGUUGAUUCGGAGAAUGAGAUCUUUUUUUGGGUGGAAAGAUGGAACUCAUGUUGACAGCUUGAGUUUCCCAAUUACAAAUUAUGAAGUGUGAUUUUGCUUUUUGAUUUCAACUAUUGAAGUUUGACAUUUAAAUAUAGUAGGUGUGUUCACCGAUUGUACAUAUAUUGAAUAUUGAUAGGUAUUGAACUAUUGAGGAAAGAUUUAUAAUGAUACAAUUUCAUAAAAAAUUUUCUUCA